AUGAAAGGUUCUUCUUUUGUUUCUAACGUCCACAAUAUUUCAUUUUCUCCUUCUUUGAUUAGUUCUAACCCUUUUGAUCAACGCCAUGUGACUUUGAAACCAUUAUUGGCAAAGGAGAGAAUUUGGCCAAAAAAUGUUGGUUGUUUUGUUAAGCAACAAAAGGGUAAAAGUGGGAUAGUAAGAGAGUUGGAGAGAGAGCUUGAAGGUGAGAUUGAUGAAGAAAAAGGUAAAGGUAAAAGUGGAGUGACAAGGUUUAGAGAAAAGUGUGGAGAAAAGAAAGGAGUUGUGGAGUUGUUGGAGUGUUUGGAAAAGGAAGCAAUAAUGGGUGAUGAUGUUGGGAGAGAAGCUAAUGAUUAUAAUCGAAGGGCUCAGAUAUUUGAUAAAAGCUCUAGAGUUUUCCAAGCUCUUAAAGAAGUCAAUGAUCAUGCUUGA